CCAAAACACACUCAACCCGAAUUCGCAAUACGCCUGUUGUCCCACGCAUCUUGCCGAGGCAUUGUCAACUCUCACGUCAAGAUGUUCGACUACACCAACUUCGAUCACAUAUUUGGCGCUGAACAGUUCCCUUACGAUCGCAAAUCUGUCCAGGAAAUCGACACCUACCGCAAGAGUCUUGAUGGCGCCCUUUUCAUCGACAGGGUCCUGAAGGCCCUAGGUCUCACCAAGUCCAAGACGUAUCCUCCCAAGACCGAGAAUGCACUGCGCACCCUACACCAGCAGCUAUGCGAAGCCACCAUGUCAACGCACCAUCGACUAUCCAUCUUCUACUACAUUCUCCUCGACUUUGACACGAGCCAGACUAGAUCCCAGGCAUCGUCGAAGUUUGCUGUGGAGUCUGGUGUUCCCAAGAACUACCAGAUCUUCAUGAAGGGCCUAUGGUUACUGGACCAUCAGCAGUUUGAGAAAGCACUCGAGUACAUCGCGCACCCUUCCCUUACUACCGACUUCGCCGAUGAGAUCAUGACAGCACUCGUGCGCAAUGCCCCCGACGGCGACUACACCUUGCCUCUGUCAUACUUCCACACCGUUCAGCCGAUCCUCAAGACCUCCGAGGCGCUGGAGCUCCUCUUCGAUGCCAUGUCACGAACUAGCGUCACCGAAGCUCUCUACUUCUCCAGAACACAUGCCGAUGCUGUCAGGGCGCAGCUGUUCCGUCAGCUUGUCUCCAACGUGAUUGGUGCCCCUGCGAACGAGGAGACAGCCGCGCGAUCUACCGAGCUCAUUGGCUUGCCAUUCGAUGCCGCGGAGGAAGCUUGGUUCGAAGACUUCCUCUCCCGUGAAGACGGAAACAAACUCAAGAGGGCUCGAGACACACUCCUCGUGAGAAAGCUGGUGACGGGCCGGCUAAGUGAAGCUGUGCAGGACAAGAACCAUGGAGGCGGAUGGGGAGUGGUCCUGGAAGGCGUCAAGAGCGGCUUGGGUGGCCGGGCAGAGUGAUGGCCUGUGCAUCUUUUGGGGCGACCGAUGUAUGCUCUGUACCAUCACGAAGUCGAACGAUUGUUUUAAGCAUAGCGUUGGCGUUUGGGCAUUGCCCUUCAAAAUUUCAAUUGGAAUAAGAAGUAGGGCGGAAAAUUAGAUUGGUUACAUAUCGGUCCAUGCCUAAUGACUUGAGCAAAAGAAUAUCCCCAGCAUGGGCAUCCUGUCAUGCGUUUGUUGAAAUGUGACUGUUCACCUCGGUGA